AUGAUCAUGUCAACUACCAACGGUAGUGCAUCGGAAAAGACGAUAUACUUGGGUGCUUUUGCCCAUUGCACUUCUCUGCAAGAAGUCGAGAUCUGCGAGGCUGGAGCCAUCGGAGUCGAUUCGAACGGCAAGAUUGCAUUCAUCGAGCGAGACAUUGGAGAUAUCCCAGCAUACGAACUACGCGAGCGAAAGGAUGGUUGGGAGAAAGCAAAGGUGGUACAAAUACAGGAUCGAGGCUUCUUCUUUCCAGGUUUCAUAGGUAGUUCUGAUACAUUGCAGAGGAAGGUGUUUCUCAGACUAAUGUGGCUGCCCANNGAUACACACAUCCACGCCUCGCAAUAUCCAAACUCUGGCAUUUUCGGCAAAUCAACAUUACUGGACUGGCUCAACACUUAUACUUUCCCGCUGGAGUCAUCUUUUACGGAUCUGGAAAAAGCCCGUCGCAUCUAUGCUCGUGUUGUCAAUCGCACCCUUUCCCAUGGCACAACAACAGCGUGCUACUAUGCCACCGUCCACGUCGAGGCCACGAACCUGCUCUCUGACAUCUGCUUGUCCAAAGGUCAACGCGCAUUUGUCGGCCGCGUGUGUAUGGACCAACUAAGUCCAGACUACUACCGCGACGAGAGUGCCGAAUCCGCCAUCGAAGCCACAGAAGCCUGUAUCGCACACGUGGCCAAGAUAGACCCCAAGCACCACUUCAUCACUCCAAUCAUAACCCCUCGUUUCGCUCCCAGCUGCAGCGAGAAAUGCCUCAGCGCUCUCGGCAAACUCGCUCACAAAACCGGUUUACCCAUCCAAACGCACAUCUCAGAAAACAAGUCUGAAAUCGAACUGGUGGCUGAAUUGUUCCCUAACAAUACUUCCUAUACCAAUGUCUAUGACAAGGCAGGAUUACUGGGUCCAAAGACAAUUCUUGCACAUGCGGUCCAUCUAUCGCCAGAAGAACGCGCAACCAUCCGUUCUCGCGGUGCAAAGAUCAGCCAUUGUCCAGCUUCCAACACAGCAUUGACCUCCGGCGCAGCGCCCGUGAGGACUUUACUCGACGAAGGCCUCACAGUCGGUCUCGGAACAGACGUCAGCGGAGGCUACAGCCCCAGCAUUCUAGAAGAGGCCCGUCAAGCCGUUCUCGUCAGCAGACAUGUAGCCAUGGUAGAUGACGAUGCCGCAAAGCUGAGCACAGAAGAAGCAUUAUGGCUAGCCACUCGCGGUGGCGCAAAGGUCGUUGGUCUCGAAAACCGCGUCGGUGGACUCGAGGUCGGUAUGGAUUGGGAUGCACAGAUGAUCAGCUUGGAUGUUGUGAGCGAAGACGGCGAAAUGGGUGAUGCCGACACCAAAGGCCCUGUCGAUGUCUUCAUGUGGGAGAGCUGGCCAGAUAGACUUAACAAAUGGUUCUACGGCGGGGACGACAGAAACACAGCCGCCGUAUGGAUCAAGGGUCGUUUGGUGCACACAACGCACAAAUACAGAGGUUGA